AUGCUUUUUUUUACAUUUUUUCAACAAUUAGCUGAAAAAAAUCGUCAUGUAACAGUUGAAUUAAAAAAUGACUUACAAAUAUCAGGUGUAUUACAUUCAGUAGAUCAAUAUUUAAAUAUUAAAUUAACAAAUGUAUCAGUAAAUAAUCCAGAGAAAUACCCUCACUUAUUAUCUAUAAAAUCAUGCUUUGUAAGAGGUUCAGUUGUAAGAUAUGUUUUUUUACCAUCCAAUGAAAUUGACAUUGAAAAGUUGCAUCAUAUGUGUAGACAAGAAGCAAAAAUGAUAUCUGAAAAAGACAAAGAAAGAAGAUGA